AGCCUCUAGUAAUUAGUAUCCCAAGCAAACAACAGUCCUCUGAUUUUUUCUCCCCGUUACCAACUUUACCACGGACAGCCAUGGCCUCCUCUCGCCCUCAGCCACCGAAACCUCUGGACCUGGAGCUCACCAUCGUCUCCGCCAAGCACCUAAAGAACGUAAACUGGAAGAUCGGCGACCUCAAGCCUUACGCAGUCUUCUGGGUAGAUCCCGACCGCCGACUCGCCACCAAAUCCGACGACGCCGGCUCCACCCGCCCCGUUUGGAACGAACGAUUCACCCUUCCACUGGCCCUCCCUCUUCAAGAAUCCGUCCUCACUCUUGAGAUUUUUCACUCCAAACCUUCAGAGACCCCCAAGCCCUUGGUCGGCACACUUCGUGUCCCGCUCAAGGACCUCGCCGAAAACCCCAACGAAUCGACCGGUAUCAGAACGUUCCAUCUCGUCCGUCCGUCCGGUCGUCCCCAGGGCAAGAUCCGCGUAAAGCUCGCAGUCCGUGAACGCCCUUUGCCUCCAGAUUACCAUAUUGCCCCUCCACCGAGCUAUUUUUACUCCAGUGCCCCUGUCAUUCCACCGCGCGACUACAGGGGUUACUCGCAAUCUCCGUACAAUUCACCACUGCCCGCCCCGUCUCCAUCGCCCUCACCGUCGCCGCCGCCUCCGUAUCCAUAUAGUUCAUAUCCUGAUGCGUAUUCUGGGUACUAUCCAGGGUACUAUUCCAGUGCGCCACCACCGCCGAUGCCACCCAGGCCGUUCUUCGAUCGGCCCGUGAACUACGGUGUGCCUGCCGGGCCCAGUGGGCCGUCGGCACCUGUGGAUUACUCGCCGUACGAUCAGAAGCCGAAGUCCUCGAAAAUGGGUUUGGGGACUGGAUUGGCUGUGGGCGCGGUCGCUGGAGCGUUGGGUGGGCUGGCAUUGGACGAGGGAUUGAAGUAUGAAGAGGAGAAGAUCGCUGAUAGGGUCGAGAAUGACUUGGCUGCGCGAGACGAUUACAGCGAUUACCGAGGCGACUAUCGUUCCGAUUAUUGAUAUAUUGGGAACGAUAUUGGUGAGCUUCUACUUGGGAAAAUGCUAGUUAAGCGAAUUUAGAAUAUAUCUAUAUGUCUGUAUAUUUUGUGAUUGAAUCUGAGUCCAGUUUAAAGCUUUGGAUGGUUGCUUUUAUGGGUUGAAACUUAUUUGGUGUUAUGAGUUUUCUUCCAGUUAAUAAAUGGUCCGUCCGUCUCGUUCAUGAGGCUUGGCAUAUAA